UCGCUAAGCCAACUAACAGCAGCAGCUUAACCUAAGCACAUGUGAUAUAUCCCUUCAAGCGUCCAACAUCGAAACAUCUGAUCUGAGCGGUCAAUCGGUCAAUCAGCCAAGCAAGCAUAACAUUAGCCCAAAAUGAAACUCCUACUCUCAACCAUUACGCUUCUCCUCACCACACUCACUACAUCAACACUUGCCUCUCCUGCCCCUGUCGCUGCCGCAAAUACAGGCCUCAUCCAACGCGGCCAGGACGGCCAGGACGGCCAGGCCGACCAGCACCACAAAUUCCUCAUCACCAACUUCUACGACAGCGGCUCGCCCCACAGCAUCGAAGCACGCGUCACCUUCGACGUGACCGACCUGUCCCCGCCCAAGCACGACCUGCCCGUGACCAACAUCUCCAACGUCGCCUGUUUCGCCAGCCUGGCCAUCCAGCCGACCAUUGCCUACGCGGCCUUUGGCACCCCGUGCCAGGCCCCCGGGCUGUCGUUUGGCCUGCAGUGGGUCGUCGGCGCGGGCUACUAUCUCAGCGUCGUGCACUCGUAUGACAAUAACAAGACGGUCGACGCGGGCACCGUCUGGCUCGGCAGCGAUGUGGAAACGUAUCAGGAUCCCUUCAACCCGAAUGGCAAUUAUCAGUAUUUGAAUCACAGCACGACGUUUGAGUUUAAAUAUAACCGUGUCAAGGCGUAAUUGAUUACUUUGAUCACUGAUUGCUGUGGUAGGGAGUUCGAUUGAAAGGGCUGAAAAGGUGUUGAAUUGCAUUUUGCUGGGUAUUGGGUCUAGGGUGUCGUUUCGUUCAUUUCAUUUCAUUUCGUUCCGUUUCGUUUCGAAUCUGAGUUUUACUGCUGAGUGCAACUGGAUCAUGUUCUCGCGGGAUGUUGAUGUCGAAAAUUGGCUGCGUUGACUGUCAAGCUGGAGCGAUGGUACUUGACCAAUUGCAUUGACUGUAUUGGCUGUAUUGCGUUACCUUCUACUGCAUUGCAUUGCACUUCUCAUGUUUUGCAUAUCCUAUCUCACUUCCUAUACUACAUCUACAUAUCACAUCCUUGCAAAAGGACUGCCAAUAUCAAA